AUGGGCUCAAGAUGGCAAAUCCAGGAAGAUCAUUUUGAUGAUGACGAUGAUGGAGACUGGGAAGAUAAUAACGCCGAAAAGCUAUCGAGCUAUGAAGAUGACGAUUAUGUUGAAAAUUAUGAAAUCGAAGGUUUUUUCUCAAAAAAUUUGCCAAAAACUUAA